GAAGGCAAACCUUGGAUUAGUACAAACAGGAGCCCAAAUAAAUGACACCAUGGCCUGCCAACUUACUUAUUAUGGGUGCGAUGUGCGUCCUCGCUGACAUUUUAACGCUGGAACAAUGAUGAGGAAAUUAUGUUAUGUAAGAGUUAUAACAAUGGAAAAUCCCAACAGGACGAGAACUGGGAGCCAAUUACUGUGUUGCCCGCACCCAUCUCCUGUAUGGUCACACCUACACCCCACAUCCUAUAUAAUUCUGAACCCGGCCAUACCUGGUACAGGAUCCGCCGACGACUACUACCCCACACAGGAAACUGAUAAAGUCUUGGUAAUCAUGGGGCCGUCCUCUGCAUUCCUUCUGGCCCUAAUUGGUGUCACCUUCAUACUAACACAUGGUCUACUACCAGUUUCUGACAGUGAGUGCCCACGGAAUCAAGAAUAUGAUGAGUGUAGAAGUGCCUGUUACUCUCCAUGCGGCAAAAGGAACCCAGACCUGAAGUGCACCGACGAGUGUAUCACUGGAUGUUUCUGUAAGCCUGGAUUCAUGUUUCUGGAGGGGAGUAAGAAGACCAAAUGUGUCCCCUGCAAGCCAACCCCUACAGUCCCUGGCAGUCAGUGCCCACCGGAUCAAGAAUAUAAUGGGUGUAGAAGUGCCUGUUACUCUCCAUGCGGCAUAAGGAACCCAGACCUGUUCUGCACCGACGAGUGUAUUGCUGGAUGUUUCUGUAAGCCUGGAUUCAUGUUUCUGGAGGGGAGUAAGAAGACCAAAUGUGUCCCCUGCGACCCAACCCCUACAGUUCCUGACGCUGAGUGCCCACCCGAUCAAGAAUAUGAUGAGUGUAGAAGUGCCUGUUACUCUCCAUGUGGCCAAAGGCGCCCAGACCUGUUCUGCACCCAGCAAUGUAUCACUGGAUGUUUCUGUAAGCCUGGAUUCACGUUUCUGGAGGGGAGUAAGAAGACCAAAUGUGUCCCCUGCAACCCAAUCCUUAAAGGAUAAAGUGCUGACCCCCCCUAUGAGAACAUGAAUAUUACAGAAAGCUAAG